AUGGACUCCUACACACGCACAUCUCUAUCACCAACAAUCUCGCUCUACACACUCAGGGCACCACCCACCAACCCCACAGAAACCACAUCGUCAUCCAAAACAGGCCCAGCAAAGGACCGCCCAACUCCGCCAACGCUAAUCCUCCUCCUCGCGUGGAUGGGCGCUACCCGCCGCCAAACAGAGUCUUAUAUACGGGGCUACAUCGAGCUCUACCCGUCUACACAACCUACAUUCCUCGUUAUCUCCAGUGAAAUUACCGACUUCGUCACGCUAUCCCCUUCAUCAACCACAGGUAACGCCCGCAAAUUACGCCCCGCACUCGAUAUCCUCGCUGCACACGCGCCUGAGGAUACACUCGUACACAUCUUCUCGAACGGCGGCGUGCGGGUUUUCUCGAACCUUGCGAGCGCCUACAUAUCAGCACCUCCUACUAGCGCAAGUUUCCCAUCAGGAGAAACUCCGAGGGCACUCUUUCCCCGCCUCGCAAUUGACUCCGCCCCGGGCCGCCUCACAUACACCGAAACAUCCCGCGCCGUCUCAUCCGCGCUUCCACCCUCGCCGUUAGUCAAGUACCCCGCAUACGCCUUCCUCUCACUUAUUCUCGCCGUGUACCUCGGCCUCAAGACUGUACUCGGCUGGGACGAUCCGCUGGAAGUCGGUGCGCGGAGUCUGAAUGAUCCGGAGAUUGUGGGUGUGCAUGGGCGGCGUUGUUAUUUUUAUUCGAAUGUGGAUGGGGUUGUCAAAGCGGAGUUUGUUGAGGGGCAUGCGGGUGAGGCACGGAGGAGGGGACUGGGGACGGUUGAGAUGGAGGUUUUUGAUGGGUCUGGUCGAAAGGGCGAAGAGAGGGGUGGCCAUGUGAGGCAUGUUAGGGUUGAUGCGGGGAGGUAUUGGGGCGCUGUUGCGAGGUUGUAG